AUGGUCAUCAGCACCCACGACUCGGACGACAUGCUCGGCAUCGAGGUCCAGCCCAUCGAGUCGAUGGAGGAGGAUGCCGAGAUGGUCGAGGUGUCCGCAGUCGAGCCCGAACCUGUUCAGCCCGAACCAGCUCUGCCCGCCGACCCCUUCGACCCUUGGGUCCAUCCGGUCGAAGCCUUCAUCCGGAUGGCCCGCGACGAGCCCGAUGCCCUCUGCAUCAACACCUACGAGAGCGGCGAGUCUGUGCGCUACUCAUACCGCGAUGUGUGGAAACAUGCAUACUCAAUCGCCCAGGCUCUCAAGGCUCUCCCUGGCUGGAACGACGACGGCCACGAUGCCAUCGGCACCUUCUGCGAAGGCGAGGCGCACUGGGUGUUCUUCUCGCUCGCCGUGUGGAUGCUGGGCAAGAAAACCCUCAACUUUGGUCUCAACUGGCCAUCGGCGGUCCGCAAGGCCAUCUGUGCGAGACACUCGGUCAAGUACAUCCUUCACCACUACACCAAGCCUGGCCGCACCAUAGGAGUGACGUUGGUGGACGGCGGCACUUUCCCGAUGCUCAGCGAGGUCCCUGCUCCAUCGCUCGAGCUCUGUGAGCCACUCGACGACUUUGUCGUUUAUAUUUGCACUUCAGGAACGACAGGCAUCCCCAAAUCUUUCAAGUUUGCACACACUGGAAUGAUCACAGGUCGAGCCUCUAUUGGAAUGCUGAAGAGUAGCGUUGGGCUUUUGCAGGCUCCAUCCUUUGUGGCCACAUUCGGCUCACUUCCUUGCGUUCUGAAUCUUGGAGGAUCUGUGUGGAUUCCAAAGCCAACAUUCCACGCAGUUGAGAAAGCAAAGAACGUUGCUCAAAUAUUGGAUGAUGGCCUAAAUUUUGUAUACAUGACUCCCUCGUUCAUGAAGUUGAUCAUCAGCACCGCCGCUUCCCGGAAUCCGAGCUUGAAAUGGACGAAGACGAAACGUAUUGUACUGGGCUCUGAGCACAUCCCCAUGAGUAUCAUUCACAAAAUAAGGGAUACUCUCCCAAAUGCCGAGAUUCAGUUGGGCUACGGAUCAAGUGAGUCAACCUUAAUAGGGGCAGUUUCAUACUUGCAUAUUCCUCCAGAAAGCGAAAUCCCAGAGAAGCUGGUCUACAAGCUGGCCAAGCCUGGGGUGCGCUGCCUCCUCUUUGACGAGGAGGGCAAUAUCGUUGAUCAAAACGUCUCCAAGAGCGGGAUCCUGGUCUUUGCCGUCGAUCCCGACCAUCCCGUCCGCAACCACCCCAACUUUGUCAACGCCGAUCCAAACGACAGACUGGCCUCCUUUGGCUUCCUCAGCGACGGCUCGCCCCGAGUCUGCACCAUGGACUGGGUCGAGAUGGUCAGCGAGAACGAGUUACGGUCGUUGGAAGGUGAGUGCAAUAUCCCUGUGCCCACCGAGUGGUCUGUGCCCUCCUUCCACUGGUCCUCCGCCAAUCCAUCCCACACUCUGCUUCAACAUGUCUCUCACACCUCCAGAUUCGACCAGAAGAUCAAGGUCAACGGUGUCUAUGUCGACCUGAACCAUCUCGAGGCCCUGGUCGUCCAGCACCUGAGCCACACCAUCGCCGACUGUGCGUUUGUCCAGACCUCCGAGAAGAAGAUCGUGAUGCUGUAUGUUCUCCAGGCCCGUCCCACGACCCGCACCGAGCCCAGCGACAUCAUCCGGAUGACCCAGGAUCUGCUUGCACUCGUCAACGUCUCCAAGGUGCCGAUCCACAACUGCUUCCAGCUCGACGAGAUCCCCAUGACCGAGAUUGGCAAGCGCGACCUCAAGAAGAUCAAGUGGAUCGCCGAGAACAACGAUCUGCACCAAGGAUCCGUUGUGUAUCCCCGUCUCGCCCCCAGCGAGGCCCCGCUGUAUCGCAUCGCGGCUGCAAUCUCCAGCCUCGGCAGCCAGCUCCUCGGGAUUCCCUCUCUCGACGGCCGCAACUACAGCAUCAGCGGAGCUGGGUUUGACUCGCUGAGCGUCGGCCGCCUGGCCCUGGCCAUCAAGGAAGAGUACGAUGUCGAGAUCUCGCCGAUGAUGCUGCUCUCGAACGGCCUGACGCCCCUCGAUGUCGCCCAGCUGUCGCCUCGCGGCAUCGUCCUGACGGGGGCCACUGGCUUCCUCGGAUCGUUCCUGCUGUACGAGCUGGCUGCCAAGUACCCUGCUGCCAGGAUCUACUGUCUGGUCCGAGCCGCGAGCGACCAGGCUGCCAUCGACCGCAUCUUUGAGACAGCCAGGAAGCUGAUCCUCAACCCGCAGCAGACGCACUACCUCGUGAACAAUGUCAGGCCACGACUCGUUGGUGUCUGCGGCGAUCUGUCGCUCGACCAGUGGGGACUGACCAACAAGCGAUGGAAGAAGAUCAGCAAGGAGACCGACAUGGUUGUGCACUGCGGCGCCGAGGUGCACUGGCUCGACGACUAUGAGGCGCUCAAGGGGCCGAAUGUCCUGGGUACGGCGACGGCCCUGCGGCUGGCCACGACCCACCACUUGAAGCCGCUGCACUUCAUCUCGGCGGUCGGGGCGAUUCCCAUGGCACGGGGUGCAAGGACGCCGCUCGAGGAGAGGGUGUAUUCCAACUGGAACGUCUCUGGCGGGUAUGCACAGACCAAGUGGGUCUCUGAGCAGCUGAUCAACAAGGCACGAUCGAGGGGAGUGCCUGCGACGAUCAUCCGACCAUCGCUGAUUGCAAGCGACAGUGUCUAUGGAGUGUGCCACUCGGACGACUACAUCUGGCAGUAUAUCAAGGGGUGCAUCCGCAUCGGGAUCGCUCCCUCCAAUGCCACCCCCGUGAUCAUCACCAUGAAUCCAGUCGACCAUGUCGCCAAGGUGGUCGCUGCGAUCGCAGCCUCCGAGGUGGCCCUGCCCAAGUUUGUGUUCCACAUCAGCGACCCAGAGCGCAGCGUCGUCACCGAAACUCGACUCUUUGAGAUCGUCAAUGCCUAUGGCUGGCCCGUCAUGUUCGAGACCCGCGAGCGAUUCAAGGCCCUGCUUUACCGACCGUCGCUGCCCAACGGCUCGUCGAUGCUGACGCUCAUGCAUCUGAUCCUGAGCAUGUCCUUCCUGGUCGACAACACCAACACCCGGUCGAUCUAUCCGGCCCUCGGUUCCCAGGCCGGGAGGAUCGCCGGGCGAGGGCUGCUGUACCUGACCCACAUCGGGUAUCUGCCACCUCCUCUGAACGCUCCGUCGCCGCUGAGACCCGAGGAGCACCCGCGGCCCAACAUCUUCCGUCCCGACACCCACAACUAA